GAAGUAGAGAAACAUCACCCAUCAUAUCGAGAGCAGAGGUUCAACAAUUUUGCUUCAGUCGAGUUCCACGGCCACGUCUUUAUGACACCCAGAGAUUUUCUCGAGUCUAUCACUUAUGAUAAUCCUAGAUACAGAACAGGUAGGUUGAAGUUGAACAGAGCUGGUGUCGAAAAACUCCUGAAAUCCACACCAUCCAGAAGAAAAAAUUCAAGUCAGAUGUUUAGGAACCUCAGUGAAAAUGGCCUCAUAUCAUUCACUGAGUACUUGUUCCUACUCUGUGUUCUGACAAAGCCGAAAUCAGGCUUCAAGAUAGCUUUCAACAUGUUCGACAUAGAUGGGGAUGAGAAAGUAGAUAAGAAAGAAUUCCUUGUCUUGUACAACAUUCUGAAGAAAGAUUCUUUAGAACAACAGCAACAACAACAACAUCAGCAACAACAUCAUCAUCAUACAUCGUCGUCGUCGUCGUCAUCUGAUGUACCACACGACCAUCCUUCUAGUGGCAGGCAGAAUAUUUGGCAGUUGAUUCAAAAUGAUGAUAAACCUAUAACGGAGACGACCCUCACUGUUCAUUUUUUUGGCCCCAAAGGGAAAGAUUACAUGAACUAUAAAGAUUUUCAUAGAUUCAUGGACAACCUGCAGACGGAAGUACUGGAACUAGAGUUCGCUGAGUUCUCCAGUGGCCUAUCGACUAUAAGUGAAAUCGAAUUUGCUCAGAUACUGCUAAGGUACACGAAAUUAACGAAAGAGGAGCAUGACAAGUAUCUCAACAGACUUAGAAACAGAAUCGAACAUUCACAAGGCAUAAAAUUCAAAGAUUUCAAAGAGUUCUCACAGUUCCUCAAUAGUAUUGAUGAUUUCUCACUGGCCAUGCGUAUUUUUACUUACGCCGAUCAUCCUAUUUCUGAAGCUGAUUUCGCCAGGGCGGUUAAGGCAUGCACAGGUCAAACCCUGAACAGUCACAUGAUCCACGUAGUCUUCCAGCUGUUUGAUGUGGAUGGAGAUGGCAGGCUGUCCCACAAGGAGUUCAUCUCCGUCAUGAAGGAAAGAAUGCAUAGAGGCUCCAAGCACAUGUCAGUAACAAGAUGGGAUAACUUCAAGGCCUGUGUCAAGAAUGAUCUUAGAUGA